AUGGCGGCUCUGGCCUACAACCUGGGCAAGCGGGAGAUCAACCACUACUUCAGCGUGAGGAGCGCCAAGGUGCUGGCGCUGGUGGCCGUGCUGCUCCUCGCAGCGUGCCACCUCGCCUCCCGCCGCUACCGAGGCAAUGAUUCAUGUGAAUACCUUCUCUCAAGUGGCAGAUUUCUUGGAGAGAAAGUUUGGCAACCUCACAGUUGCAUGAUGCAUAAAUACAAAAUCAGUGAAGCAAAGAACUGUCUUGUAGAUAAACAUAUUGCAUUUAUUGGAGAUUCCAGAAUUCGUCAGUUGUUUUAUUCUUUUGUAAAAAUAAUCAAUCCCCAAUUCAAAGAAGAAGGAAAUAAGCAUGGGAACAUUCCUUUUGAAGACAAGAUUGCAUCAGUGAAAGUGGAUUUUCUGUGGCAUCCAGAAGUUAAUGGUUCUAUGAAACAGUGUAUCAAAGUGUGGACCGAGGACUCUGUUGCAAAGCCCCAUGUGAUUGUAGCGGGAGCUGCCACAUGGUCUAUCAAGAUUCACAAUGGUAGCAAUGAAGCGCUUUCCCAAUAUAAAAUGAACAUUACUUCUAUAGCACCACUUUUAGAAAAACUGGCAAAGACUAGUGAUGUUUAUUGGGUCUUACAAGAUCCUGUUUAUGAAGAUCUAUUAAGUGAAAAUAGGAAAAUGAUCACUAAUGAGAAGAUAGAUGCCUACAAUGAAGCUGCAGUCAGUAUUUUGAAUAGUAGCACCAGAAAUUCUAAAUCAAAUGUUAAGAUGUUCAGUGUUUCUAAAUUAAUUGCUCAAGAAACCAUCAUGGAAUCAUUGGAUGGCUUACAUCUCCCUGAAUCAAGCAGAGAAACUAGUGCAAUGAUUCUUAUGAACGUGUAUUGCAAUAAGAUUUUGAAGCCUGUAGAUGGUUCCUGUUGUCAACCUCGGCCUCCUCUUACUCUCAUACAGAAGCUAGCUGCUUGUUUUUUCACUUUAUCUAUUAUCGGAUAUUUAAUUUUUUAUAUAAUCCAUCGUAAUGCUCACCGGAAGAAUAAGACAUGUACUGAUUUGGAAAGUGGAGGAAAAAAAAAUAUUAUCAAUACCCCUGUGUCUCCAUUAGAAAUACUUUUACAGUCUUUCUGCAAACUUGGCCUGAUAAUGGCUUACUUCUAUAUGUGUGACCGUGCAAAUCUAUUUAUGAAGGAAAAUAAAUUUUAUACACAUUCAACUUUCUUUAUUCCAAUUAUCUACAUCUUGGUUUUGGGAGUAUUUUACAAUGAAAAUACUAAGGAGACUAAAGUGUUAAAUAGAGAACAAACAGAUGAAUGGAAAGGCUGGAUGCAGCUUGUGAUUCUGAUUUAUCAUAUCUCUGGAGCAAGUACAUUUUUGCCUGUGUACAUGCACAUCCGGGUUCUGGUUGCUGCAUACCUAUUUCAGACAGGGUACGGGCAUUUCUCAUACUUUUGGAUCAAAGGAGACUUUGGAAUUCAUAGAGUCUGUCAGGUCUUAUUUCGUCUCAAUUUCCUGGUAGUGGUGUUAUGUAUAGUGAUGGAUCGGCCUUAUCAAUUCUAUUAUUUUGUCCCCUUGGUCACCGUAUGGUUCAUGGUCAUAUAUGUUACUUUAGCCCUAUGGCCACAAAUCAUCCAAAAAAAAAUAAAUUAAAUAUUUUCUCUCUUAGGAAAUUGUUUCUGGCAUUUUGGCUUACUGUUGAAACUAGCCUUCUUGCUGUUAUGUAUAUGUUUUUUGGCAUAUUCUCAGGGUGCAUUUGAGAAGAUCUUUUCUCUUUGGCCAUUGUCCAAGUGUUUUGAACUGAAAGGGAAUGUAUAUGAAUGGUGGUUCAGAUGGAGGUUAGACCGUUACGUAGUCUUUCAUGGAAUGUUGUUUGCUUUCAUCUAUCUGGCUUUACAGAAGCGUCAAGUACUUUCUGAGGGAAAGGGUGAACCUCUUUUUUCAAACAAAAUUUCAAAUUUUCUAUUGUUUAUUUCAGUAGUUUCUUUCUUGACCUAUUCCAUCUGGGCCAGCAGUUGUAAAAACAAAGCAGAGUGCAACGAACUCCACCCAUCUGUGUCUGUGGUACAGAUUUUAGCCUUCAUCCUAAUAAGGAAUAUCCCUGGAUAUGCCCGAUCAGUUUAUAGCUCAUUUUUUGCUUGGUUUGGAAAAAUUUCGUUAGAGCUCUUUAUCUGCCAAUACCACAUAUGGCUGGCCGCCGACACCAGAGGCGUCUUGGUACUCAUACCUGGAAACCCUAUGCUCAACAUCAUCGUCAGCACUUUCAUAUUUGUCUGUGUGGCGCACGAAAUUUCUCAGAUCACUAAUGAUCUUGCACAGAUUAUUAUUCCUAAAGAUAACUCCUCUCUCUUGAAAAGGCUGGCAUGUAUAGCUGCAUUUUUCUGUGGACUCCUCAUCUUAUCGUCGAUUCAAGAGAAGUCAAGACAUUAGGUUCCUAAAAUCCUAAGAAACUUAAAUUCUUCAGGCUAAUUUUGUGUCUGCCUAGAGGAGAAAAGCAUCUAUCUGGAGAUAUAAAUGUAUAUGUAAAUUAAAAACCCGUGUGGCAAGAGGACAGCUCAGUGGCGUCUGUGGAACAUGUGUGGUUGUAUAUAUUGGAAAUGUAUGUCUCCAAUGUGAAAUCCUGAAGAACAGUUGAAGCAGAGUGCAUUGUAUAGGAUUGCAUGUGAAACGUCUUUUCUACUGGAUCUAUAUUUCCGUUUAUAAAUGAUUUUAAGUUAACAUGAAGGCAGGGAAAUAAUUACCUUUCCAGUAAAAACAUAAUUUAAUUAGCUUAGUGGCACCACUGAGUGUUUUGAUCUUUACUAAAUUUGUGGUAAUAAGAUUGUCUAUACCUGUAUUCAUCAUGGAACUUCCUACUUCACCGAAAACUUUCUUACUCAAGAAUGUCUGCAGUAUUGUUCUCUUACCAUAUGUGCAAUGAUGUGGAACGAUAAACAGUAUGCCUUUAAUUUAUAUGUGUUCACGUUCUGAUGUUACCUGUUUCCUGACAAGGUUUUUCUUCCUAGCUGUGGCUUUCAGGUAUACCUAAAUCUUUGUACAUUUUGUCUCACAGAGUCGUGCUAGGCUCCAUGACAGGGUUUUGUCACUGUUGAUGUUGUCGUUGCUUCUUCCUGUAAAAAGGCCAAGUUUUCUUUCCAAUCCAUUCAUAUGUUUCCUUUCCCUAAGCUAUACCAGUGUGAUACCAGUUACCCUGUGGAUCCAUUUAAUGUUUUCCUCCAACUAAUUAAUUUCUAUUUUUUCCAAUGUUUGGAAAGCUCUUUAUACUCAUUUUGGUAUUUCCUAUUACUCCCCCUAUUUUAAAAAAAAUAUAUUUAUCAAUCUAACUGGUGCAGUGUAGGAAAGAUUCAAGUUGUUAUGACUGAGAUGUAUAACCAUAAGUAGAAUUUUAAGUAAACCGGUGACUUUGGGCAAUAUAUGUUUUUCAUUUUGUUUUGUUACAAGCUAACUGUUAGAGGUAUAAAUUUAUUUAUCUGUUGUACAGAUUUGAUUAUAACGUUUAAUGUUCGAAAGAUUGCACUUGUUUGCUCUUAUUGUGUGUGGGAUAAAGUAUAUUUUCUGUUCAUGGUAUAUGAAUAUAUGGAGUAAUUUAAACAGUAAAUAAACAUUCUGUGGAUGCUUAUUUUUGUAUU